AUGGACCGCUCAUCGUCAAAGAAGGCUGAGACACUUCGGGCCCUCAUGCGAAUGCUUGUGGAUGCUUCCGAGGUCGUCAUCAAACAAUGGGACGCAGAGGAUCAGCCCUACCUCCCCGGCCCUGCCACUGGUCAAGCUCCGUCGCAGGAGUUGUUCGAAGCACGCCGCAUUAUCCUUGGUGCCUGCGGCAUGUGCGCAGAUCUAGUGCAAGAUCCUCUGGAGCGGCUGAGCGAGAUCUCUUUCUCGUAUCUUCCUGCUCGUGCCUUGCACAUUGCUGCUGAAGCAAGAGUGUUCGAUAUACUUGCCGAAACGGACCCAAGCUCGGGAAUGGACAUCCAGGACAUCAGCCAUUGCACGGGUAUCAACGCAGGAAAGCUUAUCCGUAUCCUCCGUUGUCUCUGCUCUUUACAUAUAUUUUCUGAGGUGAAGCCCAGCCGCUUCGCCAAUAGUUCCACGAGCCAAGCGGUUGUUGGGAACGACCCAUUUCGUAGUUGGCUCAUUCUCAAGUAG